CCUGGCGGUAACGGGGAAGGGGGCUGAGCUCGGGAAGGGGCAGGUUUGGGAAGGGGCGAAGAAAGGAAUCAGUGCGGACCUGUGAAACGCCGCCCUCGGGACAGGGGUGCCCGGCAGCACCGAGACCAGGCGGGGCCAGGCUGGUCCCGGGGCCGUGCGGCGGGACCUCCCUCCCUCCCUCCCACAUAGCGGCGGGGCGAGCCUUUCCCGCCCACUCCCGAUUUAUGGCAUACACCAUGGUGCAUCUGUGCUGGAAGCUGUCCAUCUGCUUUUUCUUCUAUCAAGUUGUCUCAGGAAGAGUCAGGAGGGAGGGGCAUUACGUUGCCGCCGUGUACGAGCACGAGUCCAUACUGAGUCCCAACCCGACAGUCCUGGUGGAUCGGCGCUCCGCGCUGGAUCUCAUGGGCAAGAACCUCGACAUCUACGAGCAGCAAGCAGUGGCUGCUGCCAGACAGGGGGCACAGAUCAUUGUUUUUCCUGAAGAUGGAAUCCAUGGCUUCAACUUCACCAGAAGCUCCAUUUAUCCUUACUUAGAUUUCGUUCUGCAUUCGCACUCUGGGAAGUGGAAUCCGUGCAGAGAGCCCUAUUUGUUCAAUGACACAGAGGUUAUUCAGCGUCUGAGCUGCAUGGCACUGAAGAACAAAAUAUUCCUUGUGGCAAACUUAGGAACUAAGCAGCCCUGUGAACACACUGAUCCUCACUGUCCACCUGAUGGAAGGUACCAGUUCAACACCAACGUGGCGUUCGAUGAUGAUGGUACGUUGGUAGCCACAUACCGCAAACACAACCUGUAUUUCGAAUACGCUUUUGAUACCCCUCCAGAGCCUGACUACAGACACUUUGAUACCCCUUUUGCUGGCAAGUUUGGCAUGUUCACUUGCUUUGAUAUACUCUUUUUUGAGCCCGCAGUGAACCUCAUCAGACAAUACAAUUUGAAACAAAUUGUAUAUCCAACUGCCUGGAUGAACCAGCUCCCGCUCUUGUCUGCUGUAGAAUUUCAACAAGCUUUUGCAACAGCUUUUAAUGUCAAUAUUUUAGCAGCUAAUAUCCACCAUCCUACCUUGGGCAUGACAGGGAGUGGGAUAUACACUCCAGUCAAAUCCUUCAUCUACCACAACAUGGAAAGUUAUGGUGGCAAGCUCAUAGUAGCAGAAAUUCCUGUGAUUACCACGGAUCAUGAAACCAAUUUGGAGAGUAAUGAAAGAUUCAGAGAGAACUUACAUGGCUCAUGCAGGACUUUUACGAGCACCUUGCUGGAUGAUCAAGUUUGCUUUAAGGAGCAAGAAGAGACUCCUGGCAAAAUAUCUGAAAAAGGAAAUGAACAGUUACCUCCCCCAUUUUAUGCAGAAAUGAUGUAUGACAACUUUACUUUUGUUCCUGUAUGGGGGGAAAAAGGACAGCUCCAGGUUUGUGCCAAUACCCUUUGUUGUUACUUAAAUUAUCAGAGAGCUGUUUUAACUGAUGAAUUAUAUGCUUUGGGAGUUUUUGAUGGGCUCCAUACAGUGCAUGGCACAUACUAUGUCCAGGCCUGUGCAUUAGUGAAGUGUGGUGGUCUCAGCUUUAGCACUUGUGGACAGGAGGUUACAGAUGCCACUGCUCUGAUAGAUUUCCAGCUAUGGGGAAAUAUGAGUACCCCUUACAUCUUUCCUUUGCUGCUGACAUCUGGUAUUACCUUGGACUUUGCUGAUCACAUGGGCUGGAAAAACAAUCACUAUUUCAUGAGCAAAAAUAGAACAUCUUCUGGCCUUCUGACAGCUGCUCUGUAUGGACGAUGGUAUGAAAAGGACUAGCACAGAUAUUUUGAGUCAGAAAACAACUGCCCCUAUGUUCAGAGCAUUUAUCUUAACAGAAGUUGUUGAACAUCCACACUUCCUAGAGGUCCAGGUGUGUUUGUUAAAUGACUGAUUAAGUUCCACAUUUGAAAUGAUAAGCAAAGCACCCUAAGAAUCUGUAAGUACAGUCUGUACUGUGGUAGCUUAUGUCUUACCAGAAGGGAAAGAACUGCCUUGCAAAGAUAAAGGCUUGCUGUAAUUUGGUGAGAUGUUUUAUAUGGGGAAAACAACUCAUUUCAACUGAAUUUGUUCCUUUUAAUUUAAUCCUUUCGUUUUCUGGUGUUCUGGCUUGGAAUGUGGAAAUUAAUGGAAUGGAAAACUGUUGCAAGAGAAAAAAAA